AGGGUGCAGAUUAGGUUUCACAAGAGAAGGGGAAUUUAAGUAGGAGGUAGAAUAAAUAGGAGCCAUUUUAGGCCAAGGGACAAGAACAGAGUAAAUCACUGGGGCAAAAAGGAAGUGGUGAAUUCAGAGGAAAUGGAGAGAAGACGGUUGUGGGUGUGCACAGGACUGGGAAUGUGAGAGCAGAUCAGUCACUCUGAAGUCCCACCACAUCCAAGUCAUGUGGCUAUUGGGGGGUCUCAGGCUGAGGAGUACAUAUGCAAUGUUAACUGUUAGGUCAGACAGUAUGAGAGGGAUGAGCUAUGAGUGAAGGAAAGAUCAAUAUAAAGUGAGUAGCAGAUAAGACAAGAAACUAGCAGCCCAUAGAGGGGCAGUGGGGAUGAAUUUGAAAAGAAUGUAGGGGUAGAAUUCCUAUGAUACGAUUCUAACACAGAACAUUUAUCUGUAGCACAUGGUGAAACCUCACCUCAGGUGGAUUUCACAGAAACUUAGUUUCUAUACAGGAAAACAGAUGUUUGACUUUAAAUUACUCAGUUUUCAUGUUAGAGACAGGAGCUAUUUUUUUGAGAUUACUUUAUUUAUUUUGUGUGUGUGUGUGUGUGUGUGUAUUAGUAAAUGCCAUGCAAGUUCAGCUGCCUACAAAGUCCAGAAGAGGGCAUUGGAUUCACCACAGGUGCUAGGAACUGAACUUGAAUCAUCUGCAAAAACAAAUAAAAGGAAAUGGAAGACAGUAAUAUGUUACCUCAGUUCAUCCAUGACACACUAUCAACAUCUCAUUCUCUAUUUGCAAGAAGUAUCCAAGAGCUUGAUGAAGGGGCUACCACACCAUAUGACUAUGAUGAUGGUGAACCUUGUCAUAAAACCAAUGUGAAGCAAAUUGGAGCUUGGAUCCUGCCCCCACUCUACUCCUUGGUAUUCAUCUUUGGUUUUGUGGGCAAUAUGUUGGUCAUUAUAAUUCUGAUAAGCUGUAAAAAGCUGAAGAGCAUGACUGAUAUCUACCUGCUCAACCUGGCCAUUUCUGACCUUCUCUUCCUGCUCACACUCCCAUUCUGGGCUCACUAUGCUGCAAAUGAGUGGGUCUUUGGGAAUAUAAUGUGUAAAGUACUCACAGGGCUCUAUCACAUUGGUUAUUUUGGUGGAAUCUUCUUCAUUAUCCUCCUGACAAUUGAUAGGUACUUGGCUAUUGUCCAUGCUGUGUUUGCUUUAAAAGCCAGGACAGUUACCUUUGGGGUGAUAACAAGUGUUGUCACUUGGGUGGUGGCUGUGUUUGCCUCUCUACCAGGAAUCAUAUUUACUAAAUCUGAACAAGAAGAUCAUCAUCACGUCUGUGGCCCUUAUUUUCCAAAACUAUGGAAAAAUUUCCAAACAAUAAUGAGGAAUAUCUUGAGCCUGAUCCUGCCUCUACUUGUCAUGGUCAUCUGCUACUCAGGAAUUCUCCACACCCUGUUUCGCUGUAGGAAUGAGAAGAAGAGGCACAGGGCUGUGAGGCUCAUCUUUGCCAUCAUGAUUGUCUACUUUCUCUUCUGGACCCCAUACAAUAUUGUUCUCUUCCUGACCACCUUCCAGGAAUUCUUGGGAAUGAGUAACUGUGUGAUUGACAAGCACUUAGACCAGGCCAUGCAGGUGACAGAGACUCUUGGAAUGACACACUGCUGCAUUAAUCCUAUCAUUUAUGCCUUUGUUGGUGAGAAGUUCCGAAGGUAUCUCUCCACAUUUUUCAGAAAGCAUAUUGCCAAACGUCUCUGCAAACAGUGCCCAGUUUUCUAUAGGGAGACAGCAGAUCGAGUGAGCUCAACAUUCACUCCUUCCACUGGGGAGCAGGAAGUCUCAGUUGGGUUGUAAAGUAAGUGGCAGUUUGCCUUUUUUUUUUUUAA